CAAACAAAUCAUAUCCGAGAAUGGACUAGCACUUAGGAAUUGUUUUUAAUUGCAAUUAUGUACCUGCUAUUGCUAUCUACAGGUAUAACGUAUACACAAGAGCUAAGACAAGACACACUAUUUUAGAUUGAUUUCUUCAUUCAACAAGUCAUUGUGUUGCAUAGAGAUAUUUGAUAACGCUAUACAAAUAUGUGGAAAACAUCUUUCGAAAGAAAAUGAAAUGUUCUGUUCAAGUCGAGGUUCAAGUGUAUGACACACACCGAUACUUUUUAUGCGUUUUAGCUACCCAUACCAAGAAUCUUACAAAAUAAACGGUUACGGAAAAAGUAUAUAAUCAGCGUGAAAAACUUAUUAUUAAUUUAGUUGCGUCGUCAGUUGUUAAUUUGAUUUUCAGUCAAGCAGUCAACUUAUUGUAAGAAAAAUCAAUAGCUAAUCAAUAUUACGUUGAAAAUUGAUCUUUAUAAAGUAGAGCUUUCGAAGGUUUUAAAUUUAAACAUUUGAAUCGACAGAGAUAUAACUGUGCAACAUUCAAGAAAAUGGAAACCAAAAACGUUCUUCAUUUCAAAAUAUUGUUUAUUCUGCUGCUCAAGUGCAAUAUAUUUUCUGCUCAAGUGCCGGCCUUCGGUAAAUGCCCGGAAGUAGAUGUAGCAGUUGGUGAUAAUUUCGAUUUGGAGAAGUAUGUGGGACUGUGGUACGAAGCGGAAAAAUAUCCAUUUGUGUUUGAAGUGGGUGGUAAAUGUAUAACUGCUACAUAUGGUAAAAUGGAAAACGGUGAUGUGUCGGUUGUGAAUCGACAGAUAAAUCGAUUCACCGGAAAUGAAGGCAAAGUAUCUGGUAGUGCUACCAUAGUAUCACCAGGCAAAUUAAGUGUAAGAUUCAAUUCUUUGCCAUCUCCUGCGAGCAACUUCGAAGCUAAUUACUGGAUUUUGGACACAGACUAUUCAACGUUUGCCGUAGUCUAUUCGUGUAGAGAUUUGGGCGGUCUGAUGAGUGGAAAAAUGGUGUGGAUUUUAACCCGUGAACAGAAUCCCGACUUAGAAACGUUGAAAAAGGCAUAUGCUGUUCUGGACAGAAAUAAGAUUACAAAAGCUUACCUUUUGCGAACGGAUCAGUUCAAUUGUAAUACAGAGACCGGGACCGACAGCCUGAAGGAUGAAGUCUUUUUAUAGAAUGAGAAAUGGGCGCGGACGGUUUCAGCAUAAGUUAUGGUUACGCUAAGUAUUCACACAAUAAAUUUGCUGGAAUAAA